CGCAAAUAUAUCUAAAUCAUAAUAAAAUAACCAAUAAAAAUAUUUAUGGGAUGUGUGGGAAAAUUUUAAAAUUCGUAUAAAGUGACAAUUAAAGCGAGUUCAUUUUUACAUCACGCGCUUUAUACGGUGUUAAAUUUUAAAACGCUUUAAUCCCCCUCCCAGUAGCCAAGUUUAUUAGAAUUUAUUAAACGAUGUCUACCCGCAAAUCACAAACUAUAACGACGCUCGCAGGAACGACAACAAAAACUGAUAAUGCUACAACAAUCACAACAACGGCAACGACAGUCGCAACUACAACAGCAACAACAGUUACAACAACCAAAUUGCCUUUAACAACAUCACAAUCAAAUGUCGAUACUGUGUUAACGUGCAAAGCGGAAAUGGGAACAAAUGCUUCCGCCAAUUGCACUGGUAGUCCAGAGAAGCUCGAAUUGGAAGCAAAACAGGAAAAUAAACCAUUUCAAACGCGUGUGACGCGAAGUUCGCCAUUAUUACUGAGCUCACCGACAAAUAAAAAAGACAAUGCCGUCUUGGAGGCAGUCGAGACCAAUAACAGUGAAAGCGAAGAUGGCGGAACAACAACAACAACAACAACAGCCAUCGUCACUAAACGAACAGGCCAGAUAAGAGGCCGUAAGUCAUUGAAAGAGGCCAAAGAGCUUAAAGAACAACAGGAAAAGGAAAAGGAAAAGGAAGAUAAAGAAGAAUUGAUCGAAAAUAAAGAUCAACAAAAGGAAACGAAAGAAUCAAGUGAUAUAAAAGAUCUCAAGGAGGCGAGAGAAGUGACAACUAGUGUGGCAGCGGGAAACUCUUCUGGUGGCUUAAGUACAACAACAGCCAAUCGUCUUACACGUAAUACUACCUCUAACAGUGCGGUAGUAACAAGUGCCGCUAUCAGCACUAGUACUCGUAUCACGCGCCAACGUCAAUCGACUGGUGCUGCAGGGAGUGGUUCGCGCUCAGAAACCCCACCUGCGGCACGUGGCAGAGGCAGGGGUGCGGGACGCGGGAAAAUGCCAAUUCCUCUGGUUGAAUCGCCCCAAAAUAAACGUAAAAGGUCCGUAGAUACACGCUCUUCAACCGAGGAACCUUUAUUGAAAUUCAUAAAAGUCGAGGCGAAAGAUCCUGAAUUAGAAGACGAUGAUCUUCCGCUUAACGCCUCGCAAAACACAAAUGCCAGUACACAAGAAAUAGCCGAAGAUAGUGAACAUGAUAUUGAACAUCUUGCAAGUAUGGCUCUAAUAUCAACCACUACAACGUCAACAGCAAGUACUAGCACCAUAGUCACUACCACCACUACUGCUACCCCGGGAAGGGGACGCGGUAGAUGGGGUGCGCGUAAAUCUAACAACGGUCCUAGUUUAUCGCCUAGUACUAGAUCUACACGACAAUCCAAAGGGGCGUCACCGGCUCGCAAUACUGCAACGGCAAAUCCGGAACCCAAACGACGUCGCAUUACUUCUAAUAGUCGUAGCUUACUAAAAAGUAAUGUAGGAGCUAAUGCAAAGGCCCAGUCAUCUUCAAUUAUAGACGAAGACUCUAAAGAUAGUACUGCUUCUUCAGAUAAUACUGACGACAUUGUGCUGGCUAAUAUUAAACCAGAGAAACUUGCUCUUGUCGAUAUAGUCGAGUCUAAACUUGUAGUAGUAGUUCAAGAAGAAGAAGGAGAAGAACUAAUGAAUAGUAAAUCGGAUAGUUUGCAACAGCCUUUAAUUGUUAAUACUGAAGUAAUAGAGGUAGCAUCCGGUCCAGAGAUUGCAGAGAACGAAGGACAAACGUCUGCGCAAAUAGCAACUUUAACUCCGGUCGCCGCAAGCACAUCUUCUGCUGCCUCUGGUGGUAGUGGAAACGAUUCGGAGAAGGCAGCAUCCUUAAGUCCAUCAGAAUUAAUUAGCGAGGGAGUCAGUGAAACAAUUGUUAAACGUUUCUAUAAGAAGCCGAAAUUUUUAGAAAAUAAUCUUGGUAUAGAACAAGAUCCUAAAUUGGGAACAAUUAUAGUUCAGGAACACAAUGCCUUGGAAACGAAUGUGUCGCCAACAGGGGCGGCGAAGACUAUACAAGAUGCAAUGCUGGACGAUUCUUCUGCCAGUGAUACGAUGAAAGAAGGCACGCUACGUCUCGAUGAAAGUAUGGAGGAAAAAAAAUCUGCCUCCCCGGAAGACGAUAUUAGUCUUCUUAGUAACUUGGAUCGAAUAAGCCCGCUGCUCAUAGAAGACGAUGAUGGCGACAAACCACUUAAAGAGAAUUUUAGUGAUGCGGCUGUGGACGAGGAUGUUUUGUUGGCAAACGAAAACGACAAGUUUAAAGAAAUCGAUGUCCUGGAUAGAUCACGCAAAGAAAAAAAUGUUGAAGAACCUGAACAAGAAGAUGAACUUACUAUAGAUGAGAGUGAAUGCAUUUCUAUGGAUAAUAAUGCUUCUAUAAACGAUGAGCAGGCAGAAGAAGAGCCAGAAGAAGACAUGGAAGAAGAACAACAGCCUAUAGUUGAAGAUGAUUUAGCUGAUUUGGAUGAUAUAACCGACAUACAACCAUCUUCAGAUGAAUUGGAUUCUCCCAAAAAAAUCCAGGCUGAUAAAAAUGUAAAAACAAUAAAAGUUUUAAAAGACGAUUCCGUUAAACUGCACGUCGAAUUAAAUAAUGAUGACGUUUUGGCUAAAAUCGACGCCGAGCUGCAAAAGCUUGGUGAGCGUUGUACGAAAGAGAAGACAACUAAAACACAAGAGUCGAUUAUACCACAAACGUCUUCUACACAAAAACAAAUAGUCAAGAAAGAAUUCAAUAAAUUAACCGACGAUGAGGAUCAAGUAGAAAUUUCAGAUUUAAAAAUUAAGAAAGAUAUGGAUAAACUCACCAAAAGUACAAAUAUUGUCGAACUUAAAGCUCUCCCCAGCUGCAGUGAAGAUGGGGAAAUUAAAGUGAAGCAAGAGAAAUUGGAAAAAGAACAUCUUAAAGAAGAAAAGUCUGCUCUUUUGAAUGAUGUAAAUAUCCCAGAUACUAAGCCACUGGACAAUAUAAGUGAAAAGAGUAUUUCAAAUGCGCAAAGAGAUGAUGAUGCGACAUCUAUGAAAUCUUCACAUUCGAACGAUACUAAUUCGUGGGUUACGGUAGAUUUGGAUAACGAUGAAGAAACGCUUCGUCAAAAGGAGCAACAUCUGCAACACUUGGGCUUGGUUACACAUAAAGCGGCUGAAAAGCGUCGUCUUGAAGUAAUACAAAGUUCGGCGGCAGCUGUAGAAGCUUCGAGGGCUGUUCAACAACAACAGCAACAGCAGCAACAGCAACAACAACCCCAUCAUAGCAAACGAAAUGGUAAACAUAAUGCAAUACAUGCUGCAUCCGCAUUACAUCAUGAGUACACGGGCACCUUGAAGACAGUCAUCAAACUUAAUCGUAAUUCAACAGGUAGCAUCAACAGUACAACCAAUGGUCGUAAAACGGCCCAGACCACCGGCUCAACAGUGAGUGUAGCCAUUAAAGAACAUCAACAGCAGCAGCAGCAGCAGCAGCAGCAGCAGCAUAGACGGCAAUCGCUUAAGAUGACAUUCCAAAAGGGGCGUGGUCGCGCUCAUGGUACUAAUAAUAGCGAUCGCAAUCAGCACGACCGUGAGACUCACGGUGAGGAUAAUUAUUACACAAUACAAAAUGAGAAUGAAGAUUCUUCCAAUUCAGACCAGCAUGAAAAUCAUGGAGCAGCCAGUGUCAGUUCCAAAAAAGAUGAAAAAGAAGAAAUUUUAAUACCGGAAAAGGCUUCAUCGUUCAAAUUUCAUCCUGAGCGGCUAUGUGAGGAUCAAUGUUUCUACUGUAGCGGUAAAUUUGGACUGUACGAUACACCUUGCCAUGUUGGGCAAAUUAAAUCUCUUGAAAGACAACAAAAGAUAUUAGCAAAUGAAGAAAAGCUAACCGUCGACAAUUGUUUGUGUGAUGCCUGUUUUCGUCACGUGGAUCGUCGCGCGAAUGUACCGUCAUAUAAAAAGCGCUUAUCAGCACCGGGCAAUUUAGAAAAUAUGUCAGCUUCCACCACCUCUGCCAUUACAGGAAAACCGAUUCAUGAUCAACCAGCGCCUGGGGAAGAUGACGCCAAUGACGAUGUUACCGAAUCAACGAUAAAUACAAAUAACAGCAAAAAUUCGAACUCCGCAAACAAUCCCCGCAAAUGUGUAGUAACUGAUUGUGUAAAUCCGGCAGUUCAUUCCUUACGUCGCAAAUGUAUAAGAAAAACUAUUAAGAAAUUCUUGCUGAAUUUCGAAAUGCCAACCGGUUCUCUGUGCGUGUGGCUAUGCCAAGCUCACUACGAUACCAUUAUACAAUAUUCGGGAUGCGUUUUAUGUAAGCGACGAUUAGCUAAAAACCAAAUCUAUCGCAUGCCAUCGGACACUAAUCGCUUAGAGAAGGCUCUAUCGGACAUGGGUAUACCAGUUCAAUUAGACAUUGGCACCGCUGCAUGUAAAGUGUGUCGUUACUUUGCCAAUUUAAUAAUGAAACCCCCUAAAUCCCAGAAAGCCGAAUUUAUUAAAAAUUAUCGUAAACGAUUAUUACACUUCCACAACAUCCAUGAAAGCAGUGAUGAAGCAUCGGAAGCAGAUGAGGAGGAUAAUAAUGGAUCAGCCGCCAAUAACGAUUCAAAUAGUACCACAAAUUUACAAGAGUCGUCUCCUAAUAAAGCAUCCUUAACGGCUACAGUUGACGAUGAGUCUUCAGCUGCCAAGGAAAGUCCUCCAUCUCCUAUGGAUUCCAGCAAUUCGUUGGAAAUUUGUUCCGAAAGUACAAAAGCUACGGUAACAAGUAAUGUACUAUUAGUAGAAAAUGCGAUAGAAACCAUGGAUCGCGAUUAUGAAGGCAAUGCUUCAAAUACCGACUCAUCUAAUCAAUCAUCGUUAGUAUCAGCGAAUAAUAUCAACGCAAGUAUCAAUCAAUCACCGUCUCCUCCAAAUGAAGCCCAACAAAUGUCAAAGCUCAAGGCCAUUUUGCAAAGCAAUACUACUACUGUUACGAAUACAGAAAAAGGUGCAUCGUCUACUGAUAUAUCAACCGUUUUACGGGCCAAUCCUAAUAUUUCGAUGCGUGAACUAUUUCCGGGUGAGGAAGAUUUGGGUUUACAUUUUAAAGUUCCAUUCGGCAGUAAUGCGAGUCAACGAACACCAGAAGGUUGGACGCGAGUACAAACUUUUUUGCAAUAUGAUGAACCAACAAGGAGAUUAUGGGAGGAACUUCAAAAACCAUACGGCAAUCAAAGUUCAUUUUUGCGACAUCUCAUACUUCUCGAGAAGUAUUUCCGUAAUGGUGAUUUGAAUUUAUCACCAAACGCCUCUUCGAACGCCAGCGUCUAUACACAAACUGUUAGACAACGUCUGACUUCUUACGAUCAGGGGCAUUGUGGAGGUCUGCAGGAACCUUCUCCUAAGGCAAUUGAUCAGUCUGUUAAUUCUAAGAAAGUACCCGAACCCGAAAUACCUACCGUAGAGAUUAACGAAGACGAUGAUGACGACGACGAUGACGUUGUUGAAACUCCAGAUGUUGAAAUGACUGAAAUUUCAAAACUAAGCACCUCUUCCACGCCCAUACAAGAUUCCUCCUUUUCAACUACUAAUAAACAUAAUAUUCAUUCACAACUGCGAUCUCGCAGCUUAUCUGUGGAUAAACUUACGAAACAAUUAAGUACCAACGCAGUCACUAUAAUAGCACGUCCCAAGGACAACAGCAGUAGUAAGAGAACUACGCCCUCACCGCAGAAAUCACUACUAAAAGAUAAUCUAAUUGCUUCGGGGAACGUUAUAACAACGACAACGCCGACCUUGGCGUUAACGAAUUCAUCCGGUACUGUAUCAUUGACUUCGACUGCUAUCAAUAACAACAGCAAUAGUAAUAGUCGCAGUAUACUCAAAUGCAAUCUAUUAGGCAUAAAUAAAUCUGUAGAGAUUUUACCAAUCAGUUGCACUGCUACACCUGCUCCUUCUUCCGCCUCGAUUUCAUCUAAUGCCGCCAGCUGUUUAAGAUCCGUUACGCAUCCAUCGUCUGCAUCCACCACCACUGAAAGUAAGCAACAGAAAAUUCUCGACGUGGCCAACAAAUUGUUAGGUAAUCAAUUGGAAGCAGCCGCAGCAGCUCAGCAACAACCUAAGACUACUGCCUCGCUGCUUAGCUCACCGCCAGAGUUAGUUAGUUUGCAGAGACGAUCUGGCAGUCAACUCAGUCACAAUAGUAGUUCAAGCACCGCUUCAAAUGUCAAUAAACGUCCACAAUUAUUGGGAAAAUCGGGUAAUUCCAGACCUCCACCCAAUGUGGUAAUAUUGCCAGACACUUUAACACCACAAGAGCGCUUGCAAAGCAAAAGUUGGCGUCCGACUCUCAUGCCGGUAGAGGAAAAUCAAAAUUUAUUACAUAAAAAUGGGCCACUCUAUCAAACAGCCGACGGUCGACGUUUGCCUGGGCUGGUGCAAGUGCAAUCUGGCGGCAAACCAUUCCUCAUUUCGAUAUUUGAUUAUAAUCGUAUGUGCAUUUUAAGGCGUGAGAAACUGAUGCGAGAUCAAAUGUUAAAAGCUUCCAAAAAAAGACAAGAAACCAAACAGCAACAAACCCAACAACAACACCAGCAACAACAUCAGCAGCAGCAGCAGCAGCAGCAACAACAACAACAACAACAACAGCAACAUCAUUUACAAAAACCUAGCGUACAAAGUUUGAGCAAAUCGGUAGCUGCUUUGGUUGCCGCGGAUCGUCAGCAGCAACAGCGGCAACAAAUAGCUCAACAACAACUUUUGCAAUUGCAAAUAAUGCAGCAUCAGCAAAACUUCCUUAAAACAGCUUCUAGCGCUAAUAACUCUGCAUCAACUAUGGGCGCUCCACCGCGAUAUCAACCAAUAGCUCCCAAGCCUCCGCCAACUUCUAGCAGCAAUAUUUCAAAUGUUCCUCCCUUACAGGCGACAGUUAGCUCCGCGAGCUCCAGUUUCCCUGCUCCCAUGAUGCCGUUGCUUGCCAAUGCCAUCACCAAUGCUGCCAACACAAAUGUUAAUGCAGCCAAUAAUGCUGCUUCCCUGAAUAACGCUUCGUGGCUUUGGAAUAAUUUUCCUGACGCCAAUCAGUUGUUGCUCAAUGGUGCCGCCGCUGCUAGUGCAGGUGCCGGUAACAUGGGAUCUACUGUUACACCAAAACUUCCUUUGCUUUUACCUAAACAUAAUACAAAUUCUUCACCUGCCUCCACUCUCACACACGCAAAUGCUCUUAAACACCAGCAACAGCAACAGCAACAACAGCAAAUUCUGCUUUCCAAGAUACCUAAAAGUUUAACUGUAAUACCGCAGCACAAGUUAAUGAAUACCGCACCUACAGCAAAUGUUUCUGCAGCAAGUGGUAGCAUGAUGAAAGAGUGAUGAUUGCUGAACUGUUAUUGGACUGUUAAACGACGACGUAGACGAUGUAGUCGUGUUUAUCGCUAUCAUCGUCAUCGAAAAUCUAAAAAAAAAGGUUAAAAUUGCUCGAUCAUCUAUUAUUUUUAUAUAUGAUUGCUAGGGAAAAAGGCCACCCUACCCUUUUCAAGUUAUAUUUUCAAACUAAAAUGAAAAAAGUUUAGAAUUAAGUUUAACAAAUGCAUCUUAAGAAUACGUAUUUUUAUUUUAUUUUAUUUUUUGAUUAUUGAAACAUUUUUUACAAUAAUUUGAAUAUCAAUCAUAUCUUUAUAAACAUAUAUAUAUAUAUAUAUA